UAGAUACUGAGUGCUGUGGUUGUUGGAGGGGUUAAAGUUAGAGCUACUGAUGCAUAUAUAUUGGGGAGGAUUCAUAAAAACACGACAGUGGAGCCUGGGUCAAUCCAUUACUGUGAAGAGCACUGACCAAUAGAAAGGGGAGAAGAAGAUCCAAGACGAUUGAGGUACUACAAUGGCAACCACAGUCUGUUUCAUCAUCUGGGUGGUAUUCAUUACAGGUUCAGUAUGGACUCGAACUGUGAGACAGGUCUAUGAGGUACAAGGUCCAGAUGAUUGGACUGAGCAAGACUUCGAGUGUCCCAGGGAAUGUUUCUGUCCCCCCAGUUUCCCUACGGCUUUAUAUUGUGAAAAUCGUGGUCUCAAAGAAAUCCCUGCUAUUCCUUCAAGGAUCUGGUAUCUUUAUCUUGAAAACAACCUGAUAGAAACCAUUCCUGAGAAACCAUUCGAGAAUGCCACCCAGCUGAGAUGGAUCAAUCUAAACAAGAACAAAAUAACCAACUAUGGAAUUGAAAAAGGAGCCCUGAGCCAGCUAAAGAAGCUGCUUUUCUUAUUUCUGGAAGAUAAUGAGCUAGAGGAGGUACCUUCUCCAUUGCCAAGAAGUUUAGAACAGUUACAAUUAGCCAGAAAUAAGGUGUCCAGAAUUCCUCAAGGGACCUUCAGCAACCUGGAGAACCUGACCCUUCUUGACCUACAACACAAUAAGCUAUUAGACAAUGCCUUUCAAAGAGACACCUUUAAGGGACUUAAGAACCUCAUACAGUUAAAUAUGGCCAAGAACGCCCUGAGGAACAUGCCACCAAGGUUACCAGCCAACACAAUGCAACUGUUUUUAGACAACAAUUCCAUUGAGGGAAUACCAGAAAAUUAUUUUAAUGUGAUUCCUAAAGUGGCCUUCCUGAGACUAAACCACAACAAACUAUCAGAUGCAGGUCUUCCUUCAAGUGGUUUUGAUGUAUCGUCCAUUCUAGAUCUUCAACUGUCUCACAAUCGACUCACGAAAGUCCCCCGAAUCAAUGCUCAUCUGCAGCACCUUCACCUUGAUCAUAACAAAAUCCAGAAUGUGAAUGUUUCUGUAAUAUGUCCUACCCCUGUCGCGCUUCCUGCAGACCAAGAUUCCUUCAUUUAUGGACCUCACCUGAGCUACCUUCGUCUGGACGGAAAUGAAAUCAAAUUACCAAUCCCAAUGGAUUUAAUGACUUGCUUCAGGCUCCUUCAGACUCUCAUUAUUUAAACACAUUUUCAACAAUCUAAAAUUGGUUUAAUUAAUAAGCUAAUAUUUCUGACAUGAAAUUUGGUUAACAUUUAUAAGUUUAAAACAAAAAUCACAUUUCCAGUUGCUCUUGGCCACCAUUUUCAUCUGUGCAGUUAAGCUUUUCUAAUCAAAGGUUUCACCAAUGAUAUGUAGAAUAGCCUACUUUUUAAAGAAAUAAAACAGACACAGAGUUAAGUAGUUUAUCAACUCAAAGAUAAUUCUUUUUUUGUCUCUUUCACCACUUAUUAAUACCAAAAAAUACAAUUACAUUCUUGUGGCAUAGAAAGUACAUAUCUGCUUGUAUAUGUUCAAAACUGCUUAUGCAAAUACUGUAUUUACAGUUUAAAUAUAGUAACCUAACAGGAGGUAGGACGAUCUGAAGAAAAUUUA